AUGUACAAAUUGAUAUCUCUGCUUGUCCUCCCUUGUCUAGCAUUUGCCUAUCCUCCUCGCUGGGGAGCCGAUCCGUUCAGCCCGCUUGGACCAUGGACAAAAAGGGGCCCGCCAUGUGGAUUGCCGAGAUUCAUUGAUAAACUUCCGGAGACUUACAAAGAAAAGGUAAAAGUCAUUUGGUCCACCUACAAGGAAGGAGAAGAGUGCGACAAACAACAUAGAGAGACAAGAAAACUCGUCCACACCUUGCCUGAAGAGAUCCGAGAUGCGAUCUUCGCCGGAAAGUGUGGUCCAUCGUUCUUGAGAAAUGUCUCCAAGGCGAUCAAAAUGGAGUUCCGCGCCGUGUGGUUCGAUCACAAAAUGGGACUCGACGAGAAGGAGACCGCUUUGAAGAAACUUGCCUAUGCUCUUCUCAAUGGAGAAGCUUUGGCUCUUUUCAACAAAUGGGAAGAGGAGCUUCAAAUCAGAAAAAUCGAAUUAUCCGAGCGAGUGGCUGCCCUUUCUCCCGACGCUAAACAAGCCUAUGACACGUGGAAGAGAAUUAGACAAGAGGAGCGAAAUUUCUUGGGCAAUCUUCCCAAGGAGGUUCGUGAGGAGUUGAAGACCCUUUGUGGAUGGCAUCAAACAAAGAAACAAUUGCCUACAUCUACCCAAAUGGCCACAACAACAACUGAAGAACCCUCAACCACUUCCCUUUCCAUCUCUUCAACCACUCCUCCACCAAUCGUCGAAGAGACGCAGAAAGAAAAAGAGUUCCGCGUUUUCCUCGACGUGCAAAUGCCCGAUGAUUUGGCGACAGAGGCCGAGUGUUCAUUGUACUUG